AUGUUCGCGCCUAUGUCCAAAGGAGGCUCGGACGACGCGUGGCAAGCUCAGGACGAUGCAGGGUCGCUCAAACCUGGCCGCUUUCGUGCUUAUCUUGCCGACCAGCUCGCGUCGCCCGGAUCGGUGGGUGCUGCGUCGGCAUCGCGACCGAUCCCGUUUCCACGAGACGCAGCCUCUUCCGGACCGUCUAGUCGACGCAACACAAAACCAUCGAUCGACAAGGGCAAAGCGAAGGAAAUCGAUCGUGGCUUUAUGGCUGGCUUCAACCAAACCGAAGCAGCCCCAUCGACCAGUCUCGGUAAACGACUCGCGACAGGCUUGGGCUUCCGUCUAGGCGCCAACAAGCCCAGCAACCCGAUCGGCUCCCCCGCUGCCUUGCGUUCAAGCGGGCCGCUCAUACCGGUCAACCCGACGAGGUCUAUCGACUCACUAUACCCGGCGUCGAGACACGACGACAAUCUUCCCUCACGGGGUAACUAUUCCAAGACCUCACAGCCACCAGCAGUCUCGCUUGGACCAUCGCCCUUCCAAUCGCCUCCUCCUCGCAGACGUAGAGUUACAAGUAUACGCGAUAGAAACUGGGAAAGGGAACGCGAGAGGGAACGGCUCCGACCCAACCGGAGCUGGUUCAACAACCUUAUCCGGCCACCACGCGAGAUGGUUGAGGGCUGGCUCGAUAGCUGGUGGAAGCGUUGGUUUGCUCUCGCUGGGCUUCCGAGUCUGGUGGUUUGGAUUUGGUGUGCAGUGCCGUUUCCAAAGACAGACCCUUACGACCCCAACCUUCCAUGGUGCAGUCCGGGGGAAGAUGGCAGGUCGGGUGACCCGAACAAUCCACCAUGGUGCUAUCCCGCCAACGCGACGGCAUCGCCAGUGUUGUCAUCGUCUGCAGCAACGUCCAUCGCCAUAGCCAAGUUUCCGACGAUGGCCGGACUCGCCUGGACAAUAGCGAAUGGGCUCUUCUCCAAGUUGGCGUUCACGUCGGGUCCACCUUCAUCGCCCCAUCAUCCUAUCGGCGACGGCGACCGCCUCACUGUCGAUGCCAACUUUUGGUUCUUCCUCGUUUUCUACUAUGGUAUCUACGUAGGAGUUGCGCUCAUCUACAUCACGCAGCUUUUCGGCUUGUACAGGCUCAACUGGUGGCCAGCGGCGUUGGGAGCAAAGACGUCGUACACUUUUUUCUGGAUCGGCAGUCUCGUCGCUGGUUGGAUCCUACACGAGCUCGAUCCGCUGGGCACAGAAACACGACAUCGACCUGCAACGGGCGGUGCCGACCAUCAACUGUCGGGCUUCGGAUCGCUGUUCUCACUGCCGAGCGCGGCCGAGUUGCGACAGUGGUCGACGACGGCGGUGACGACCCAAGCGAUAGACUCAAAGCCCUCAAUCGACGACGCUGAUAUCCAGUGGCAGCGCAAGACGCUCUGGGUUGGACUUGCCUUCGCCACUAUGGCCAUGCCGGCACUGGUGUGCUUUGUGGGUCUGCGACGGAGUGGCCGACAGACGUACCGACACAGCUUGACCGACCACCAAAAGACGUUUCUGGAGCGACAGCUCAACCGACGGAUCCCCUCUUCGUACAUUCGCUUCCUGUGGUUCAUGUCGACCAUCGGACUAUCGCUACUUGCGCUCAUCGCCGGGCAAGGCUACGCCUCUGUCUACCUCUCCACACUCCCGCAUACGGGCUUAGAUGGCGUAGCGUACGUGUCGUUCUGGACGCUCACCGUCAACGGCCUGGCGCUGGUGUCGCACUGGAUCCUGGAGUCGAAAGUGCGUAGUCGAGCGCUGGUAUUUGCGUUCAAGUAUUACUACUUUCUGGUCUACUUCAUCUUCUACCGCAACCUGUUUGCGCGUCUGCGUUCGUUUGACCAGUUCGCGCUCGUCCAGCUGCUCUCGUCGUUCUGGGUGUGCAUCUGGUACCCCGUGUCCAUGUCGCGCUUGUGCCACCGCAUCGUGCAGUAUUUCAACCCGUCGCCGCGGUCAUGGGAAGAGUACGUCGAGAGCGUCGGCUUGGCCUUUUACCUCAGAAACCUGGCGCAGAACACGACGAUGCUCGCAUUCCUGGGAUGGGUGAGCAUCCUGCAUUUUGGAAGCAACCAGCCGCUCUACCCGUUUUUCGCCUAUGAUAACAAACACGAUCCAUACAACUACCAGCUGACUAUGCUCGGAUCGGUGGCCAUCUGGGGCUCCGAGCUGCUCUCGUCGUUUGUGGCACGGCAGAUCUGUUACCUGGCGUUCAAAGUAGAUGUGACCAACUUGGGGCUCGACGAGAUGCGAGAAUUCCCGGAGCUGCUCACGACGAUCGGAUGGGGAUCGGUGCAUACGUUGAUGGAUAUGCUCAUGUUCUUGAUCAAGCUCAAUUUUCGAUAG